AUGGAUGAACCGUUGCGUAAAAGACCUCGCCUCCUCUCAUUUCCCCGCCGCUCCUCCGACCCUGACCUCGACGAGGACCUGGACACAAGACGGAGGAAAAAUGAUCUGUUGCUGAAGUCGCGCUUCGAAUCAAUCUUCGAAAAGUACUCUCACGACUUUUCCAGCAUUGGCGACGAGAUAGACAUGGACACCAUGUCCAUAGUCGUGAAUAACGGCCAUGUGCAAUCCAUGGAAAACGAGACAGACACAGGGGACGCAUGCACUACAAAGGGGAAAUCGUUGUUAAGAGCAAUGACCGAGGUGCAGGAUGGUGCCGACGAUUACUUCAAUGAGGGUGCAGACGAGGUCAUCACGAGUAUUGAGGAAAUCGCUGAAAAUACAGCAAUGGCAGACGACGACCACGACAUAGGUGCAGUCGACAGCGACGAGGAACUAUUUGUUCCCGUUCACGCACGAUCACCUUACAUCGCCCCUCCUGAUCUGAGAGAAAGCCAGAACACCGUCGCAUCCCGCCUGGUCGACUCCGAAGAUGAGUUGCAGCUCAGAGUAGCACAACCGCCGGAGAGAUCAACCAGUCCAGAUUCAUUGUUCCAGGUUCAACUUCAAGACUCACCUAAUUCCCAGACCAGUGCUUCACUACUCGAGUUCGAGACUAUUCAGCAGGAGGUGAACGAUAAUGAUAUUCUUGCGAAAUUCGGUCCCAGGUUUGGCCCGGAGGUGUUGGAAAUUAUACGGAGAGCUAGAGAUGUUGCUGCUCAAGCCCAUAUCGAGCCGGCCUGGCGUCUUCCCACCGACCUCGUUCCUUCAGAUCAAGCUACAUCACCUUCGAAGUCCAAGACAUCGCCUGUCCCUCUACAUACUCCACCAGAUCGACGGACAGCAUCUCCGGAUGCUGCCCAGUCCCUCUGGAAACCGCCUAGGAGAUGGUCAACCAAGAAAGGCAUUCGUCAAACUUCUUCCAGACGACAUGCUCGAGCCGAGUCAGCGGAUCCGCUUCAAGAUGGGUUUUCUGAUCAUGAGCGGAGAGGGGACAGCACUGACGGUGGGGAGGAGAUGACACGAAUGUCAGACGAGCAAGGUGAAGAGGAUGCGCAAAUCCUGCAGAUGAGGAAAGGGGUUUGUUUCUAUUGCUCGGGCCAGUGGUCCUGCAGAGCUGGUGUUUUCAGGCACUGGGCCAAAUUGGCGAAGGACUAUGACCGGGGCGAGAUAGACGACGACGAUGUGCACGACCUGGAGUAUAUACAUGGCUACGUGUCCUACAGGGUUAAGUCGCCACGUCUGCCGAGAUUAGUCCUUUCCGACUUCAAGACAAUGGUUGAGCUGCAUGAAGGAGCGGGAUUGACCUUCGACGAAAUCGCAGAGUGUCGGGCCCUUCGGACUCGAAAGACGGGGCUUGCUCUCAACGACGUCUACGACCGAUACCGAACACCGUCUAACCUUCUCAAUAACGAUGACUCGAGAGAAUGGUCCGAGCAGGAAGUUCGCACUUUGGAGGAUCUCUGUCAGAACCCGAAACGAGACAUUGGAACGCUUAUGUCUCAUUUCAAGCAACGUCACCAGACUGAGAUUGGAAAUAAAUUGGCCGAAAUGUGGUUGAAGAGCCUCUGGGGAUCUGUUCCGAAGAGACCUAUCAGAUCAACACAAAGGACAAAUGCAUCGCCGGAGUCUUCUGAUCAGUGCCACGAGGAGCACCGUGAGCGGAAAGAGGUACACCUGGAUCCUGUCUCUAUCAAAAUGGAUCCUGAUUCCGACGACGAGCUGUUUCGCUCAAGAUGA